ACCCAUUUCUUGACGACGACUACGACUACGACGACGACCAAUUCACAUCCUUCCCUCGCUCGACGACCACCGCCUGCUCCUCAGAAGCCAUCUAAUUAUCUGUCAUCUCAGAUGAUGAGUACUAGCAUAAUGAGAGCUCAUUUGGGGAGUAUGAUGAGUACUCAUACUGCUGCAGACUCACCCUUGUAUAAGCAUAUCUAUCUUACUGCUAAUAUAGAUAUUGAUAGUGCAGUAGUUCAAUACAGACGUGUUCGUAUUCUAAGCCUUAUACAUACUGUCACUACACACCCUAAUAAGUUACCUGAGGUCAUCAAUGCCUUGGCACGACUUCUAGAAGGAGAGUGUGGAGAUGCCUUAAUAGAAUGUCAUGAACAGUUGGUAUUAGAUGCAGUGAUGUCGCUCUGGGUCCACCAUUGGGGACCUUAUAUUAAGGGACAGCAUACUGAGGGGGGCACACUGAGGGUCGUCAAGUCGGAGAAGACUAGUCAUCAAGAGUCUAAUAUGAUCAUGUUGGUUAAGUUGGUUCAAUUACUCUGUGCCUUCCCUCAUAGAUAUGCUACCACUGCCUCUGUAGUAGCAGAGAUAUGUCUGAAGAUAGAUAAGGAGGAGCAUGCCAGGCAGGGUCCUGCCGCCGCCGCCGCCCGGAAGUGCUACAGUGCCUUACGUAGUGGCUUUGAUAUCAUCACCGCUUGGAGAGCUAAGGCUGGGAGUUCAAGUAGUACCAAACUGGACUUCAUGAACCGUGAAGUGGAGGAAAAUGGUGAAGAUGUGAUGAAGACAGGAUGUCCAUGA